GCGCUGAGAGCCAUCGAUGAGGAAGUGUAAUUGAGCCUGCUGUGAGGAGGGAGGAACGCGUCUCCUCUCUGUAGUUCCUGGAGAGAGCGUCACCCAUCAAAACGCGCGGACUGGUGAGCAUAUCGCACUGGGAAUUACCGGGAUGUCCAAAGGAAUACUAUCAGUAAUCAUGUGCCUUAUUGGCACGGAGUCGGUGCCACCACAGCGGUAAGGUUUGAGAAGAGAGGGAAAGAGGAGGAGGAGGGGUAGACAGCCUGGCAGACAGGUGCGACUCCACAGCCUGUUUCAUUUUCUCUCGGUCCUAUUAAGUAGUAGAGCCAUGGAUACCCGCAAGGAAAACAAGGAAAGAAAAGCCAUGAAACCCAAAACGACGAAGCGAAAGGAGAAGAAAUACAAAACCGGGAGGUUUAUCAGGAGGAAAUCGCUGCGGUCUUUUGGGAAUUUCAUGGGAAGGAUCCUUAAAACUUUGGGCACUUUGGCGCACUUUGGCGACGCGGAGCCGCCGGACGCGGAGGACGACGACGGCGGGUUCGGGCAGAGCGCAUCGGGGGGUUUCAAAGACGACUGUGCGCAGACCCCCAGGGAGGGAACCGUGAAGAAGAGCUCCACGGUGUCCUCCUCUCACGGCUCGGUGAAAGACAGGCUGUCGUGGUGCCACGGCGACAAGACCCCCGGGGUGCUGGGACUGAAGAACCACGGCAACACCUGUUUCAUGAACGCCGUGGUUCAGUGCCUCAGCAACACGGACCUGCUGGCCGAGUACCUCGGACUGGAGCAGUACAAGUCGGAUUUGUACCACAGGAGGGUGAACGGCGAGGUGAGAGGCGAGGAGCCGGAGAGCGCCAGGGGAGAGGUGACCGAGCAGCUGGCGUCGCUGGUUCGAGGUCUGUGGACCCUGGAGUACACGCCGCAGCUGUCUGUGGAGUUCAAGAGCAUAGUGGCCAAGUACGGCUCUCAGUUUCGAGGAAACUCUCAGCACGAUGCCCUCGAGUUCCUCCUCUGGCUUUUGGACAGAGUGCAUGAAGAUGCUAAUCCCAGCCUCAACAACAACACUAAGAGCAGCAGCAAGACCAAAGCCAACACCAAGGGACCCAGUUCAGUUGAGGACCCUUCCAGUCCCAGUUCAGCCAGCAAACAGCAGCCUCGAGAUCGACACAGUUUUGUCCAGGAACACUUCCAGGCUCAGUACAGGUCUUCUCUGACGUGCCCUCAUUGCCUUAAGCAGAGCAACACCUUCGACCCAUUUUCAUGUAUCUCCCUGCCUAUCCCCCUACGGCAAACCAGGCCGAUGUGUGUGACGCUGGUGUUCAGUACGAAGGGUCAGAGGUACCUGCGGGUGGGGCUGGCUGUACCUCUCUUUGGUUCCCUGUCCUGCCUCAGAGCCAUGGUGGCAGAGGAGGGCAACAUCUCCCCGGACCAGGUCAUCCUGGCUGAGUUGUACUCCACGGGUUUCCAGCGUUCCUUUUCGGAUGAUGAUGACCUGACAGCAAUUGCUGAUAGCGACGUCAUCUACGCCUUUCAGGCUCCUCCCCUCUACAGUCGUGGAGGCUCCGCGCCGCACUCAGGGUAUCACCACAGCCUCCCCUCCUCCCCCUACACAUCUACGGCUGGACCCAACGGUCAGAGGUUACCUCCGUCUGGCACCCUCUCCUCUGAAUACCUGAACCAGGGCGCCUCCACAAAGGUCCUCCUCCUCAUCUGCAACACAGCGGGAUCGGGCCAGCAGGCUGUCAGGUUUGGGCCUCCAUUUCUCAUGCGUGAAGACAGGAGCAUCUCCUGGGAUCAGCUGCAGCAGAGCAUUCUCAGCAAGCUCUAUUAUCUGAUGCUGAAUGGAUCUCAGGCUCAGAAUGCUGGGGUGCUGUUUAAGAUCAGAGUAGUUGGAGGAUCGGCAGCCUACAGCUACCUGUCCCCACAGGACAGCCGGCCGCUGUACCAUCCUGCAGUUGACAGGGCUCUGAAGUUCUGUGGCCCUGGGGGACCCCCGCAUGUUAAGGUUGUCAUCGAAUGGGAUAACAAGACUAAAGAAUGUCUCUUUGGCAGUAUCCAAGAGGAGGUGGUGAAGGACGCAGAGAGUGUGAGGAACCAGCAGCAGCAGCACCUACAGCAGCAUAGUUGUACCCUGGACGAGUGCUUUCAACUGUAUACCAAAGAAGAACAGCUUGCCCCAGAUGAUGCCUGGAAGUGUCCCCACUGUAAGCAGCUUCAGCAGGGCAUGGUGAAGAUGAGCCUGUGGACUCUCCCUGACAUACUCAUCCUCCAUCUCAAGCGCUUCCGACAGGUAGGCGAGCGGAGGAACAAGCUGUCAACCCUGGUGCGUUUCCCCCUGACUGGUUUGGACAUGGCCCCCCAUGUGGUAAAGAGGAGUCAAAGUAUGAGGAACCUGCACCUAGGGGCCUGGCAACAGCCUUGGAAGCAGCCCUCAGGCCAACACCACCAACCUGCUGACAUGAGCCUCCCCCACGACUAUCUGUACGACCUCUACGCUGUGUGUAACCACCAUGGAGGAAUGCACGGAGGCCAUUAUACUGCAUACUGUAGGAACUCAGUGGACGGACAGUGGUACAGCUACGAUGACAGCAGUGUUGACUUGGUGCCAGAGGAGGAAGUAUCUACCAGAGGAGCCUACAUCCUUUUCUACCAGAGACGCAACACCAUUCCUCCAUGGUCAGCCAGUUGCUCCAUCAGAGGCUCCACCAGUUCAUCAAUGUCAGACCACUGGCUAAUCCGCCUGACAGGGGAUAGUAAGAGAGGCAGUCUGGUCUCUCGAUCCUCCACCACCUGCCCAUCCUCCUUACCUGACUCACCUGAGUCUCCAGUCUUCCUUGAAAAUGGUUCUAAAGAGGAAAAGGGGGGUUUUGAGAGCAGGCCAUUUAUCAGGGGCCUUCAGGGACGCAGCGUGAGCAUGAGAGCCCCCAGCAAGACCAAGGACACUCUGAGCAAAGUGCUUCCCCUGCGUUGGUCCCUUGGUUCAAAGGACAGACGGAAACCUGACCCAGUGCCUCCAUCUGUCCAAGAUCCAGCCCCUGUGGAGCUGGUACAGUACUUGGAAUCUGGCCGGCGGCCCCGAUGCACAAAGGAUCCAAUAGUAACAUUGAUGAGCGAACCACGCAGCACCAAGGAAGCCGCUGGGGGCCGGGCUGCAGCCAACGUCAGAUCUUCCAGUGUAGGAAGCUUAAGUUGUAUGAGUAAGGCAGUAGAUGAGCUGCCGCCCGACUCUCCACAAGUCCCAGAGGGCCAGCGGAGGCCAUCGGAGAAGACAGCCAGCUUGAGACGCAGGAAGGGGAGCCAGACAAGAGAUGAGAGCACCACAAAUAUCAGCAGUAGCUUCAGCAGUAACACCCUCACCAGGAGGAAGGAUGCCAGGAAACAGAGCUCCUCCAAAGCCUCCCAGGAUACUGCUGAGACAAAAAGGAGUGGUGGAGUUCAACCCAGCUACAGCACUCCUAGCCUUCAGGAUGGGACCCUAAGAAGACAAAAAGGGGACAGGCCUGACAGGGAACACCACGGUGGACAUGAAGGAAACUCUAAGAGCAAGAAAGGAGAAGUUCCCAAGAGCCAUGAGGGACUGCUCUCCUUCUUUAAAGGUAACUUCCUGAAGAAGGACAGGGACUCAAGGAAGUCCAAGGAGGGUGAGUCAGGAAAAGAAGGCGGUGAUGAAGGAGGCAGGAGGACUCUCUCUAGGCUGUCACUGUCCAAUGGAGCAGCAGGAGGAGGAACCGGGGUAGAAGGAAGCAAGUCUAAUGGCUCGGGCCAUCCAGGCGAUGAGCUGGCAAACGGGAAAGUGGGACGGACCGCGGCGGACAUCAAGCGCUCCCAGAGCUCCUCCAAUAUCCCCACCAAAGCGGAGCAGAGCAUGCGUAGGACAGCAUCUUUGCAUCGUAACGGGAUGUCUACAGCCCCGUCGCGCAGCCUGACAACAGACAAACCGUCUUACGGCACCCUGCAGAGGACUCGUUACAGCACAACCUCGCUGGGACGCAAAAGGACAGUCCCUGAGUCCAGCUUCUGACGCGGAGAUAUUCAACAUAUGAACACACACACAAAAAACACACACACACAAAGCCUUUUAUCUGUCAUGAAGUGAAUGACGUCCAAUCUUUGACAUCAAAGCAAUAGAGCUCAACUCACAGUGGUGCGCCUUUUUGUCCACAGAAAAUGAACUGGCUCAAGUGGCUUGCACAAUGGAGCUGAGAGAUACGGAGAAAAUGAAGGCUUCUUUAAUGCUGGGAUAUAAAGAGCAGAAUGAAAUGAUGGUACCUGUCCGUCAAACGUCAGAGGGAGUCCAUUUUUAUUCUGUUUAUUUUCUCAAUGUCUUAAAACAAGUGCCUGAGCAACUAAUAUGCAGUUUAGACCAAUGAGUUUGUCUGUUUAGCACUGGAAGCACGAAAUUAUACACACACACACACACGCACAUACAAGCAUAUUAUCCGCAUCUGUGUCUUAUUACUGUAGUGUGAGUGUCGGGAUUCAUCACUCCAUUUUGAAUUCUCAUUGUUGUCUGCUUAAAAUGAAGACACACUGAUUGUGUUCAUUCCUAAGAAUGUAAUGUGUCCACAAGAUAAAUGGUGGUGCUUUGAGGCUGCAGUUUUCUGAUUAACAUCAAUUAUUCAUCUUUAAGCCCUUGUUUGACGUUAAUUUAAAGUAGCUGAAGGAUGGCUUUGAACACAAAGCACUGUUUUUAUAAAGUAGUGACUUGUCCCCAUGCGACCCAGACUGCAGUUGUUGUUUAACCUGCAGUAAAUAGGACCUCUGACCGUAAUAACUCGCUGGGUUGAAGUGAUAUCCUGUAGAAUCACUGACCUGGGUCUCCUAAUUAUUAUUUGGCUAAGACACUAAAUCCCCACCAGGUCUAAUAACACUUUAUAACUGAGCCGGACUAACCUCCCUGUGGCAGAAGAGAAUUUGAAAUAUACAUUUGUCUACUGUGAAGUGUAAUAUGAAUGCAGUAUCCACUCUUUAAGAUUAGUUUUAUACCUUUUAUAUAACAUCAGUUAACCAUAUUAGAUGCAUUCCUUGGGUUUUGUUCUUUUUGUUGUUUUAUUUUUGGUUUAACAUCUUUUUCUUUUUUUUUCUUAGUUUACGAUUGAUUAUGUUUUCCAUCAACUUGAUCAGCUGUCAGGAGACUGUUGCAGUCAGUCAUAUGGUGUACAGUAUGAAAGCGGUGAUUUUUUUUUUUUUUUGUCCUGACUCAAAAUGCAGAAUGAGGCUGCAUCACAUGUGGCUCUAUUGAAGCUGUGAUUAUAGUGGCCUAAAAAUACUAACCUCUCUCUUUUGAUUGUGAGAAAUUUUCCCCAGAAUCAGACAUUGACUGAUGUCGAUUUUUGCGAGCAGUCUUCCCCUAGAGCAAAGCUGGAAAUCUUGCAGCCUAACAUUGACCACAUUUUUGCAGUUAGAAGUGAAAAAAAAAUGAUCCCCAAAGCACCAAAAUGGAUGCAAAAAUGCAACGUGCAAAGAGUGUCAACGGUUUAAAGGUUUGGAUUUUUAUUUAUUUAUCCCAAGUCUGAACAGUCUAAUAUAUAGAAGAUUUAAAUUGCCUAAAUUUAAACAUUUUUAAAAGAAAUAAAGUGAAAUACAGUGCACAUUUUUAUAUGUAUUUCCUUUUAUGUAUGCAUUUACUGUGGGUUAUUUACUGUCAGUAUUUACCGAGAACUGAGCCAAGAGGAUUCCUCUAAGUAUCUGUUUGUACACCUGCUUGCGGCACAAUCCAUCCCUUAAAACUUCAAACAGUCAAUCACAAAUGGAAGUGAUGCCUACCUUACACCAGAAGGCUUUGAAAAGAUUUUGAAAACACUGUUAUGAGACUAAAGUCUGACACCCUCUCACAUCUAAAGACAAUGUAAGCUUUUGCAAAGGCCUGGAAUGUUACAAGGUCCCUGUUUGCAAAACUAAACUAGAUUCCCUUUGAGAUUAUUUUCCAUCCUGCUCCUGGUGGAAAAUAUGACGUCAAACCCCCUCAAACUCAAAGACAUAUGACAUAAAAACAAUUCCUUAACUGUCCGCAAAACACAUAACCUAGAAACACAAGAUAAAAGGCAUCAUAUGUCAACAGUAUUAUUGUCAGUUGGCAUCAAUACGGUCCAUAAAGAUAAACUAUUAUUUGCACACAAACUUUACAUUUUGGAUUUGACGUCUCAACUCAACACCAGCCUCUGUUUGUUAGAGACCAUGAGAAUGAGAGAAAAAGUAUUUUUGAAAAUUAAGAUUUCUUUGCUCAGCCUGCUUCCCUGCCCUGCUUCUGAUAAGCAAUUGAAAAUGGAUGGAUGGACUAAAAUAAGUGUUGGUUGGUGGAUCAGAUACAAGCCGAAUACCGAUGCUUGUUCACCCCUUCACCCCACAACGUUCUUGCACCUCCCCUCCAGUCCCUUGGAGUCCCCUCCAUGUUUACUUUCUACAUGGUGUGCUACUACAGCUAUUGGCUGUUGACAGUGUUCAAGUCAUUGAACAUUGAAAUCUCCUGAUAAUAUUAAACACAUUUCAUUUUAUCCAGCCGUCAAGGCAAAAAAAAAAAAACUUACACCAAAUGAUCAGGAUUACAGGGGAGCACACCAACUCCAGCAAAUCUUAUGAUUUCAUUCCGCCAUUAGAAAUUUAUCCGAAUAAAGUAAAAUGUUGUUUAUGUAGUUUGAAGGGUGGUGUAAAUGUGACAUCAAUAGCAAUGGCCCUCUGACACUAAGAUCUACCCAUGGUUCCACCCCCAAGGUAGCCUGAGUGUCAGACUGAAGCUCCCAGAACCUUCAGUCUGACAUCGCCUCCAUUGAAGGCGAUUUACAAGGGGGAGGGAAUUUGAUUUUUCCCUAACCAAUCAGUAGAGAUCAACAACUCACCCAGAAUCUGACGUCAUUAGUAUCCAUGCCUCGGGGGUGCCGAAAACAAGCGAGCAUUGCCCGUUUAAAAUGUCUCCGUCGUCGUGCACGCCCAGCUGCAUCGCCGUUAAAUCCAGUUUAGCAGCUUCCUUAAUUUGGUCCUCCAUUAACGCGAGUAGUGGCGAAAUACCUCGAUAGCAUCGUUAAUGUGGUCUGUAGGAUCUGUAGCGGUCGCCAUUGUUGCUAUCCUCACCAGUUACCCACCGGCGGCGAUAUUUUUUUUCGUAGGAUGGUAGGGGAAGGUACCGCCUUUUCCACCUCUGACUGGCUAGAAGGGCUCUCCUCCGAUUGGUUAUUUGAUUUGGCCGUGAAACAUCAUCUCACGUUCAUGGCAUGCUGUCGGCUAGUCUGUUUUGAUCGUCUUUACCACCAACAGUGUGAUAAGUGCGUGCCGUCAGAUUUAUAUUAAUGGAAAGCACAUCGCCGAAUUUAAGGUUGACACCUAAAGUGUAUGUCCACAUCUUAACAUAUGUUCUCAUAGGCAUGAAAAGUAUCCAAGGGACGAGGAAACGGUAAACUAAGCGAUUUCUCAAGGCACUUUGGCAGCACGCUCUGGAGGACUUUAAAAAACUUUUAAAUUCACUUUAUUUCGUUGUGCCAUUUGUUUUAAUUUAGGCAUUUUAAAUCUUCCAUACUUAUCAGAAAGAACUAUUGUGUGAAUCUGGUGUGAUGAAGGUUUUGCUGUGCACAGCUCUUUUCCCAGCUGAGAGUAUUAUGAUAAAUGAUGUCAGUGUUUAUGUCCUGUUAAUUUAAACUCUGCUGUAUUUAUGGGGGCACAUGCAAGCACAUUUUAUUUAAUUCAGUCUAAUCUGUUUUGUUUUUUUCUUAAUUUUACCUUUUUUCUCCCCAUAUGAACAUGAUUCACAUUCAAAUGGUUAGUUGUUCACUUGUGUGUAUGUCUUGGUGCAAUUACUGUACACUGUUGGCCACUGUACAGCUUCAGCUAGAGCCACUGGGAGUGACGCACUUCCCUCACUGUCACUUACAUAACUGCUGGAGGAGAGCAGAUUGUUAAUUUCAUUUCCCUGGACCACGUCUCCAGCACCCUCCAUUAAUUAAAAUGGGUGACUUCUUAGUCACAAGUCUGCUUCAAAUUCUGGUCAUGCUAUAUGGGUGCAGCAGGCCAGCAGGAUCACCUCAUUUUUGCUGCUGCACUAAUGUUCCCAUGUUUUAUGUGCACAGAAAUCUCACAUGAUGCCUUCUCAGGCUCAUUGAUAUUUGCACACUGCUGAGACUUGAUUUGCACUUUACACAUAAGGAGAUCUCUUAAGUAAAUAGCAAUAACGCUCAUGCUUAAUAAGAUUCUUCACCUGAAUGACACUGCUGUUUGAAAAGAAUCAGUCAUAAUUGGAACAGUUUACUGACAGUGUAAGGUGUAAAAAUAACACAAUGUCACUAAGAUGGAGAAGCUGCAUUGUUCACUUCUCACCGACACUAUUGACCCUGAAGUAGCUUAUAAUUGAAAACAUAAAUGAGUUAGAUAAGACACAUCAAAGCAUAAAGUUAAAGCUCCAUAUCAGCUUCAGAAAUAGGCCCAAAUGUGUGUGUCAAUGGUCAGUCAAUGGUGUAUUCAGGCCAAAAAUUCAGCCGUAAGUGUAGAGGACAUUGAAUAACCCCUGUCUUUUGCAAGCCUUCUCUCUGUUAGAAGAAUGAUUAUAAACGUAUUGUACAGCCUCUGUCCGUUAUCUGCUGAGUUUAGCAGCCUUCAGCUGCAUACACAGAGAAAAGCACUAGAUAGUGUCUAAGCACUAAACCGACAGCCUUUUAUUGUUUAGUGUGUGUAAUUUCCCUUAGCCUUGACACCUGAUGGUAGAUACAGUUCUGUGCUGUCAUCAAAUCUUUUUUCGUUGGAGUUCAGCUGACUCCCACUGGAGCUUUGCAUCAGUGUAUUAAUCCGUAUUAGAGACUAGAACAAGUUCUUUUGUUUGUCGCUAAAGAGGCAAGCAGAAGUUUAUUGACACAAGCUGAACUCUGCCAGGUCACGGAGUAGCACAUCUUAAUGCUUCCUCGCACAAGUACUGAUGAAUAUGAGUUUGUCACGCUUUUGUAUUCUGUUUUUAAAAGAAUCAUAUCGGUCCUAGAGGUCUCUACUUAUACAGUCUAAAUGUAAAAUAAAUUCACAGAAAUCCUUGGCAAGACUGAGAAACUAUUAAUUAGAGGUUAAAAGUAAUUUGCCGCAAAUGCUGUAUUUUGUCUCAAUGCUUCAGUUUGAUCUCACAUUAAAGACGCUGUAUAAGACAAUCACAACAGUUACAUAGCAACAAACAACUAUGUGUGGAGUAAUGGUGUCCUGAGCAGUGAAUGAAGUCACACUCCCUCUGUGUGUGUGUGUGUGUUGUAGUCCAAGUUUCUCAGCCCUCUGUUGUGGUCGACAGUCUGGCCGAGCGUACAUAUUAGUGUGUGUAUCCCACUGGCUAAUCACCAGCAUUCUGCACUGUACUCAUGCAGCAGUCACCAGAGGUGUGGACCUGAGUCACAUGAGUUGGACUCAGGUCACACUCGAGUCACAAAUUUGAUGACUUUAGAAUCAACCUUAGAAAAUCAAAAAAGACUUAAGCUCAACUUUGACUCUACCACCAGUGACUUGUAACCUCACUUGGACUUCAGCCUUUUGACUGGAAUAUAUUUCCAACCUUUCUCCGGGCCCAAAAUAAAGUUUGUAUUCAAAAAGUGUGCCAAAAAUCAAUCCAUUCCCUCAAUAUUCCUUCCCAGUAAAUUGACUCUUGAUGCCCCAGAUCCCCUUUGUUUGAAGCAAUCAGACAGCAUCUAACAAAUUGCAGGAGAGAAUAAUGAAAUACUAGCAGUGCAUUACUGAUUGCCAGUUGGAAAAGAAGAUACCAAAGAUAAUUUUGUUUGCUCACAAAAACCCUGCAGUGGUCAACAAAAAAGGAACAGCGGUAUGCAAAACAUGCAAGCUGAAAAGAAGGAGACACAGCAACUUUUUUUUUUUAAACAAAUAAGUACAAAUUUUAAAAAGCAUUCAUGAUUUUUGUCAAUAAGAUAUAUUCAGAUUGGGAUUAUAGUGGGUGAAGAGCACAUCAGGACUUAUUUAGGACUCGAAACUCAAAGUUUAAGACUUGGGACUUUUCAGGCUUUACUUGGGACUUGACUGCAAAGACUUGAGACUUACUUGUGACAUGCAAAACAAUGACCUGGUCCCACUUCUGGCACCACCAACAUCGUCAUGAAAGCGUAAUGCUCACACGCAUAAACACUGUUAGCUUUGUCAGCACUGUUGCUGUUGUUAUCACUGUUUUUAGCUGCCGGCUAGCCACCUCCAUGUUAAGAGCUGUGUGGAGACAACUUGCAUAUGUUCUCAAUGUCAUAUACAGCUGCUUUAAUUAUACUACACAAAAUGCUGAAGUACCAAACAGUAUCACAGUUACACUCAAUCACAAAAUAAACAAGCAUUUUUAUUAAAGGUUAAAAUCAACGAGCUGAAGCAGACUGUAUUAUGAAGGCAAGUUUUCUAUGCAGAGCAUCAGUAUGCAGUUCACUGUGUCACUGUUUUAUUUACACGUUGAAUAUCUGAAUAUACAGUUUUUCAUGUUUCUGCCAAGGAUACAAGCUGCUGUUUCUUAUGAACAAAGACACUAUAGAACGCUACUUUCAGUCUAUGUGGCUUUAUUUCGAAGGUGUGGGUAUGUUAUUACAUUGUGCUGUCAUAAUUUUCUUUGUGUUGAGAUGGAUAGAUUCUACUUUCCCUUCUACGUAAAUCACCGUUGUCAUAGUGAAGGCUUCAAUUCCCUUUGCUUCUUGUUUCAUUUUCAGUACCCACAUUGUACAGAAAGGUGUCUGAGACUUGCCCUGAAAUGUGUCUGUGCGCCGAAGGCAUCAUUGCUGGUACACUUUGACGCACUUUGCAGAGCAGGAAGACUAUUUUAAUCUUGUCAUGUCCAAAACCAAAAUGGUUGUGUUGUCAAGUAAUUAAUCUUCCUGCAGUCAUUAGUCAUAGCUUUGAUUAAAGACAUACCGCUACAUUAUAAAUCAGAUUUUUAAGCUUUUGUUGGAAAAGGCUCUCGGCUAGUUGAGUCAAACACAACCCUCACAAGAGCUCAUACCACAUUUAUUUUUUAUUUUCAGUAAGCUAUGAUUCAUUUUUUUUUUUUUUUUUUUUUUACAUCUUUUGAGCCAGUCUUAAUUAAUUAAGCAAUAAUAGCUGAAUGUCUUAUUUAUUAGUGUUGGUUCUUUGCACAAGUUUUGAGUCGAAAGUGCUGUUAGUAAAGCUUCUUGAAGCGUGUGCAUUCAAAGUUGGAGAUUGAGAAAGUCAAGCACAGAAGCUUUUAUUCUCCAAACAAAAACCUAGCACUCAUGACAAUAUUAAAACCACUAAAUCAGAUGCUUCGUUUUCUGCUCGAAAUGUCAAGAGGGACUGAAGAUAGCUUUGUUUUGACUGAGGCUACUAUUUGGCUUUAGUGUUUGACGUACCCUGAGCGUACUCACAAAGGCUGCCAUUCUCAGUCAAAGACAUGAGUUGCAAAUUCUACAAAAACAGGCAAAAUCACUAUAAUCACAGGGUAGUUAAAAUAACAUGGUAGCUGGAGAUUUGUGCUCUUAAUAGCUAAGCCUCUACUAACUGUGCUGAAAUGACAGCUGUGUAAUAAACAAAAUAAUGGAUCCGUUUAGAGUCUGAUGCUCACACUGAAAUUGUGUGAGAAGAAAAAUGUAUGACAGAGAAUAAAACAACUCACCUUGAAACUUGCAGAAUAGCUUUUUCAAUAUCUGAGCAACCCUAAUGUUAUAAUGGCUGCAAUUACAACAUGCUUUCACAAAUCAGUAUAAGCCAAAAUUCACCGUUUCCAUCUUUUCAGUCCAUUUUCCUGAAAGCUACUACAUACAUCUGGUACAAACACAAGGCCAGAGUCUCUUUCCUGCCAAUAAGAUGUAGAUAAUUACUGACACAUGAUUAAAUAAAUUCACAGUAGAUUAUUAUCAUUUAUUUGAGAGGCCGAUGCUGAAGAAGAAUAGAGUUAAAGUAGGAACACAAAGUCUGUAUUGCAUUUUAAAUGUAUGUUUGUUUCUGUUUUUCUUUGCAUGGUUCAAUCCACAUGUGGCCCCACACACACACACACACACACACACACACACUGACACAAUGUUUACUCUGCCAAACUGAGCACUUCUGUGUUAACACAAUUAUUUUGUGAAAUGUGGAUCGAAGAUGUUUUUAUAUGCAAUUUUUCUACAUUUUAUAAAGAUUUAAAAAAAAUCUGUGUAUAUAUUUGUGGACACACACAGACCCAACUGUGUGCAGGUGUGUGUGAGAGAGAGAGUAAAUAAAUAAGUUUAUUAUUAACAGUUAGUUUUUGGGUUGUAGUGAUUUGGGAAAAUGAUGCCAAGGUAUCUAACUGAACUCACAUGCAAUGUAUUCCAUGAUUUGCAUAGGGGUGUAAGAAGUAUGCUUUCACUGUAAAACAACAGUUUCUGCCUGAACUGUCUGCUGUACAUGAUGGUAUAUUGUUUUAUUUUUCAAUACAUCAAAUAAAAAG